UAGUUUAUUUCUAUCAUGUUUGAAUGAGUCCACCGGGCUUAGCUCAAACAGAUUUAACUCAAGCAAUUGAUUCUGUUUGAUUUGUAAUUAAUUGACACUAUUGGAUUUUUGUUGGAGCCUGCAUUUUUCAGAGUUGUAUCGUUGAAAAAUGCAAAUUGAAGAAGUAUUAGUUGACGAAGAAAAAUAUGACUUUGGGGAUGUUGAAUUUCUCGAGGACGACGACAACGAAGAUAGUGCAUCAGUGUCAUACGAAACGGUUGUAAGGCCUUCACCAAAUAAGUCUCUUUCUACAAAAAGAAAGACUCCGAUCUUUCGUAACCCAGGUGAAGUAGUUACUCCGAGCUCCAUGACACCCAAGCAGCGAGCAAUAGAAAAUUCCAGUGAUGAAAAACCACAAGAAUUGUAUAAAACGUCUAAUAUAAAAGCAUCUAGAAAAAAAUUUCCCACUGCAUCCAGGAAAAAGCGAAAAACUCCAAAAUAUGAACCUCCUUCAACCAGUUCCGAUUCGGACAGCAGCGACAGUAUGGUAAAUUAUAAAACAAACAACAUCAAUUCCUUCACCAAUGAGCAGUUGAAUCGCAUCGAGUUAAAACUAGAUACAAUUAUGUCGAGAAUUUCUCAUCACGAUAAAAUCCUUAGAAGUCUUAAACACAGCAUAAAAGCUUUACAAGACACUCCAAGCACUUCAAAAGGAAAGCAUUCUGAACAGGAAGUAAAACGUCCAUCAAAAAAACGACAUAAAAAACUGAUUACGUUUCCAGUACCCGACGAUUGUUAUCUGUUGCGUUUAGAGCAAUUAGUGCAAGCAGAUAAGGAGAUAUAUGAAGAUUUAAUUGAUCUUUACAACCAAGCACCCACUACGAGUGUGUAUGAAUGGAUGCGCAAAAACACUUACGCGCUCUUUAUUAACACUUCCAAAUACACAUGGACUGGAAAGAUGUCCAACAGUGUGAUUAACGGCACUGCAUCCAACCGAGCUCAAUCAUUGAGUGUGGUGCAUUUGCUUAUUUCUACGGGUUGCGACAACUUUCCCGAAAUAUCGAAGGAUUACAUGGAGAAGGAAUUUCGACGAGCUCUGGGCAAUUUCAAUGAUACCAAGUACAUUAAGUGGGUGAAACGAGCGGCCAAAAUUAAGGAACAGUCGACGUUCUCCGACACGAAUGACGAUUGAUUGCCCGGGAAAGCUUUACGUGAUAGGAUAGGGUAUUUUUUGCGUUUCGUUGA